AUGACUGGCACCCAGAAGGCCAGCUCCGCCCAAGCCGACGUGGAGCCCUUCCUGUGCAUCCUUCUCCCCGCCACCGUCCUGCUCUUCCUGGCCUUUCUGCUGCUGUUYCUGUACCGCCGCUGCCAGGCCCCGCGGGCCCAGGGCCAGGUGUUCAGUAUCGACCUCCCCGAGCGCCCYCCUGCGGGAGCCGGGCCCGACUUCCUGCCCGGCUUGCCCUGGGGCAGCGAGCAGGACAUCCCCUACUCGCCCCUGCGUCCAGGAGGGACCCUCUUCUCCGUGUGCUUGCCACCCUCCUACGAAGAGGCCACCAGGAAUCCUCCUGGGGWAGAGGCCCUGGACACGGAUCUUCGGUGUUAA